AUGGCGACCCCCGGCACCUGCACAACUUUUCUCGCUGUGUUUGCGCUCAUUUCUGCGCUUUUAAUUGGGUUUUAUGGCGCCGGUUCGGGUGUAACAUGGCCGGUUGUGUUUCUGACGGCUGUUACCGGGCUGGGUUCGCUGUGGCUGCGGCGGAGGGACGGCGGGACUGACCGGCGUGUGUGUGUACUGGUGCUGGGGGAUUUGGGUCGCAGCCCCCGGAUGCAGUAUCACGCUCUGUCCCUCAGCAAACACGGGUAUAAUGUUACUUUUGUCGGGUUUUUAGAUACCAAACCUCAUCAAGAAGUGUUGAGAGAGGAAAAGAUAAAGCUGGUGCCAAUAGCAGAGGUUAAAGGAGUACGCGUGGGACCAAAAAUCCUGACGUAUGUGACGAAGGUGAUCCUCCAGUGUCUGCAGCUACUUUACGUGCUGCUGAGGAUGGAAACACAGUCUCAUAUAUUAAUGCAGAAUCCCCCGGGGCUGCCUGGCAUCGCGGUGGCGUGGCUCGUGUGCGUCCUGCGUGGCAGCAGGUUCGUCAUCGACUGGCACAACUACGGCUACACCAUCAUGGCUCUGAGCCACGGGGACACACAUCCUGUGGUGAGGCUCGCAAAGUGGUACGAGCACUUUUUCGGCCCGCUGGCCUCUCGUAACCUGUGUGUCACCAAUGCAAUGAAGGAUGACCUGCAGAAAAACUGGGGCAUCAAGGCGACCACUCUGUACGACUGUCCGCCCUCCAUCUUCAGAGAGACUCCUCUGAAGCUGCAGCACGGGCUCUUCAUGAGACUCGCCAACGCGUAUCCUCAGUUCCAGAGCAGAGGGUGUGAGGAGGAUAAGCAGGUGGAGCGGUCGGUGUUCUCAGAGUGUGAUCUCUGUGAGGAGGCGGUGACGCUGAGGGCGGAGCGGCCGGCGCUGCUGCUGAGCAGCACCAGCUGGACCGAGGACGAAGACUUCUCUGUCCUACUGAAGGCUCUUGAAGAUUAUGACGGUUUUAUAAAAGCAGGAGCUUCGUUGCCAUCUUUAGUCUGUGUGAUCACAGGUAAAGGUCCUCAGAAGGAGUACUACAGGAAGCUGAUUGACUCUCUGCAGUUGGAGCAUGUGCAGAUCUGCACGCCGUGGCUGGAGGCCGAAGACUAUCCUGUGUUACUGGGCUCAGCAGAUCUGGGUGUGUGUCUCCACAAGUCCUCCAGCGGUCUGGACCUCCCGAUGAAGGUGGUGGACAUGUUCGGCUGCUGCCUGCCCGUCUGCGCCAUCCACUUCCACUGUUUACACGAGCUGGUGAAGCACGAGGAGAACGGGCUGAUCUUCAGAGACGCUCAGGAGCUCGCUGAGCAGCUCAAGUCUCUGCUCUCAGAGUUCCCCGGGUCAGGGGGCCAGCUGGGGGCCUUCAGGAGGACCCUGCGGCGCAGCAGGGGGCCAGGCUGGGACGAGAACUGGGACCAGAAUGUCCUACCUCUCCUCUCCGCUCCCUGAGGGACACCAGGAGGGACUUUUAAUGGACAAUACAAUUUUUUCAGACCAAAACGCAUCUAAAUCUCACCUUUUGAAUUCUGCCUUGUUACAUUAAAGAGGAGGGAAUGAGUCUGAU